GUGGGUUAUGUCAUGUUACGUUCUCCCCUACACCUCAGCUGAACCACUGGAAACCACUUUGAUGCUGUUUUCUGCUCCAGUUUGUGGUUUCUUCCAGAAUCUAAUCUGUCAGACCUGGAAACGCAAAGAAUAUGGUACCUUGUGCAAAGAUGUCAAAUGCAUUGCCAUUUAUCUUGCUCUUCAUAUUCCCAAUGCUGCUCUCAGGGGCUUGGUUUCCCAAAACUUUACCCUGUGAUGUCAAACCUUCCGAAGAUACUGUAACAGUGGACUGCACUGACCGGCGCCUUACAGAAAUCCCCAGAGGGAUCCCAGGAAAUGCUACCAACCUUACGCUGAGCAUUAACCAUAUUCCCCACAUCCACCCAACAUCCUUUGAUCAUCUUGAAAACCUCCAGGAGAUUGACUUCAGGUGCAACUGUGUGCCUGUCAAACUGGGACCCAAAAAUCAUGUGUGCACCAGCCCACUGAAAAUUGAGAAUGGCAGUUUUGCUGCCCUGACAAGACUGAAGUCAUUGUAUUUGGAUGCAAACCAGCUGGCAGGAAUACCCCAAGGCCUUCCUGCUACUUUAACCUUGCUGAGCCUGGAAGCAAACCAUAUCUUUUCUAUCCAUAAAGCCAGCUUCUCAGAGCUAGGAAACAUAGAGGUAUUGUAUCUUGGACAGAACUGUUACUACCGCAACCCAUGCAAUGUUUCAUUUGAAAUUGAAGAAACAGCCUUCCUGGGACUGAAAAAGUUAACAAUCCUAUCCCUGAAGUCCAACAACCUAACACGAGUCCCACCCAAUUUGUCAUCUACUUUAAAGGAAUUGUAUAUUUACAACAACAGGAUUCAAGAGAUUCAAGAACAGGAUUUAAGUGGCCUUCCCAACCUAGAAAUUCUCGACCUAAGUGGCAAUUGCCCACGUUGCUAUGAUGCCCCAUAUCCCUGUAAUCCCUGUCCCAAGAGCUCGAUUCACAUACAUUCAAAGGCUUUUGACUCCUUGGAAAAUUUAAGGAUUUUGCGGCUCCACAGUAACUCUCUUCAGAGCAUACCCAGCAGUUGGUUUAAAAACAUCAAGAAUCUCAAAGAACUUGACCUCUCCCAAAAUUUCCUCAUGAGGGAGAUUGGAGAUGCUCAGUUCUUGACAUUUCUCCCCAGCCUUAUGCAGCUUGAUCUGUCCUUUAACUUUGAGCUGAAGGUGUAUUCUCCCUUCUUGAAUCUUUCCACAACAUUUUCCUCCCUCUCUAACCUGGAAACCCUGAGGAUCAAGGGUUAUGUCUUUAAAGAACUGAGGGCAAAAGAUCUAAAUCCUCUGCUCCAUCUUCAGAAUCUAACCAUGUUGGACCUCGGGACUAAUUUUAUUAAAGUUGCAGACAUGACAGUAUUUGAAGAAUUCCCAGCUCUUAAGUUCAUUGACCUCUCCGUGAAUAAAAUUUCUCCUUCUUCAGGGGACAGCAAUUUCUGUGGAUUUUGCUCUAAUCCUGGUGUUUCAGUUGAGCAGUACAACAGGCAAGUACAACAAGAGAUGCAUUAUUUCAGGUAUGAUGAGUAUGAGCGAAGUUGCCGUUCGAAAGACAUAGAGGCUUCUUCCUACCAAUCUUUAGUUAAGGAAGAUUGCCUUAACUAUGGAAAAACUCUGGAUUUAAGCAGAAACAAUGUAUUUUUUGUUAACUCCGCAGACUUCCAGGGACUUAGCUCUCUCAAAUGUCUCAAUUUGUCAGAUAAUGCUAUAAGUCAAACUUUAAAUGGAAGUGAAUUCUCUUACUUGUCUGAAUUGAAAUAUCUGGAUUUUUCUAACAACAGGGUUGAUUUGCUAUACCAAACUGCCUUCAAAGAACUAAAACUUUUAGAAAUUCUAGAUCUGAGCAAUAACAAAUAUUAUUUUCUGGCAGAAGGUGUUACUCAUGUGCUUAGUUUUCUGAAAAAUCUCAUCCAUUUGAGGAAGCUGAUGAUGAAUGAUAAUGACAUUUCUACCACUAUUGAUACGGGAAUGGAAAGUCAAUCUCUUCGAAUUUUAGAAUUCAGAGGAAAUCGUUUAGAUGCUUUAUGGAUGGAUGGCAAUGCUAGAUACUUGUCCUUCUUCAAGAAUCUGACCAGCCUGGAAGAACUGGAUAUUUCCUUCAACUCACUCAGUUUUUUGCCUCCCGGUGUUUUUGAAGAAAUGCCUCCCAGUCUCAAGAUCCUCAACUUAACCAAUAAUCAACUGAAGAGUUUUAUCUGGGGAAACCUCCCCUCUCUGAAGAACCUAGUGACUCUGGACUUGAGCAAUAACCUUCUGACUAAUGUUCCCCGAGAACUGUCCAAUUGCACUUCUUCUCUCCAAGAACUGAUGCUCCGAAACAAUCGCAUUCAGAUGCUAACCAAACAUUUUCUCAGAGGUGCUUUUAAAUUGAGAUACUUGGACCUCAGCUCGAACAAGAUUGAGAUAAUUAAGAAAUCUAGCUUCCCUGAAAAUGUCAUUAACAACUUGAAGGUGCUGCUUUUGCACGGCAAUCCUUUUAAGUGUAACUGUGAGGCUGUGUGGUUUGUCUGGUGGAUCAAUCAGACGCAGGUGACCAUUCCUCUUCUGGCCACUGACGUCACCUGUGCUGGCCCAGGAGCACAUAAGGGGAGGAGCGUGGUUUUCUUGGAUCUCUACACCUGUGAGCUGGAUACAUCAUAUUUUAUUCUGUAUGCUCUGUCAUCUUCAGCCGUCCUUGCCUUAAUGGUGUUCACAGUGAUGAGCCAUCUCUACUUCUGGGAUGUGUGGUACAGCUACCAUUACUGCACUGCCCGGCUGAAGGGCUAUCGGCGCUUGCCUUCACCUGCUGCUUGCUACGAUGCCUUUAUUGCCUACGACAGCGAAGACCCAGCUGUGAACGAGUGGGUGCUGCAAGAGCUGGUUGAAAGGCUGGAAAACCAAAAAGCCAGGCAGUUCAAUUUAUGCCUGGAAGGAAGGGACUGGCUCCCAGGACAGCCAGUCUUUGACAACCUUUCCCAGAGCAUUCAGCUGAGCAAAAAGACCAUAUUUGUGCUGACCAACAGGUACAUUAAAAGUGGCCGCUUCAAGACAACAUUUUAUAUGGCUCAUCAGCGGCUUCUGGAUGAAAAGAUGGAUGUCAUUAUCUUGAUAUUUCUUGAGAAGGUUUUGCAGAAGUCCCGCUACGUCCGUCUGAGGAAGAGGCUGUGCAGAAGUUCAGUCCUGGAAUGGCCAACUAAUCCUCAGUCUCAGCCCUACUUCUGGCAGUGCCUGAAAAAUGCCAUAGCUACGAACAAUUCUCUGGCUUACAAUAAGCUUCUCCAAGAAACUGUUUAGUUCUCCCCUUUUCCUUAAAUAUUGUUCUGAUGCACAGGAUCAAAUCACCAUAAACAAAAGAUCCUGAACUUCAUUUGCUGAAACUUGCAAAGCCUGGCAGUUAUACCUCUUUGAUGUUAUACCCCAAGAUGAAAGGGACAAUUACUAUGAAAUCCAGUAAUUCAAAUUUGAAUAGAAAAUAUUGCCAUAACAAAUAUUUAGUUGUCAUGUACUUUGCUUUGCACUGAUCUCUGCACUGGAAGGGCAGGUGCUAAAAUGGGAAGGUAUGUGAGAUCAGGUUCUAUAGGGCUUGCAGGCUGCUUUGGGAAAGCAAGGAGGGGGAGCAGGGCAGCAGAGAGACAGAGGAAUAGGUGCAAGGUAGAUGGGGAAAAAUCAAGAGACUAGACAAAGAAACGAAGGGAAAAGAAAAAAUGAGAAAGUGGAAAAGAUGCUAAGAAAGGAGGAGUAUGUGGCUGUGCUAGAGCAUAGCAGGUCACUCUCCCACAGCAGCUGAUGGGGCACUACAAAACAUUUGAGAUAGGAAUGGGUCUGACUUUAGGGACAUCCUGAAGAAGUGAAGAAAAAUAAACACCUGUGCCUGUUCCCCACUCUGUUUCACAGUACAGACUCAUUGAACACAUGAGAGUAUUUCAAGUGAAACCUUUUGUAAUGGCAGCCUAAACCUCUGAACAUGACAUAGGCAUGUUCUCUGCUUGAUGUAAUGAUGUCUGUCUUAGGAGAAGCAGCACAUUUUCACCUUGCUGGUUACUUCUGUCUGCAGCAGUCUGCUCUUGAUCAAAGCCCUUCUUUUCUGGCAACUAGUCUUGUUGACAUCUCUGAUGUUGUCAUUGUUAACUGCUUUAAAUUUCUUUAUUUCAGAUGCCACUUCCAUUUCCUCACCUAAAUGUUCUGGCUGAUCUUUUCUUUUGGCAACAAGACAGAAAAACAAAGAAACACAAGAAAAUAAACUUUAUGUAAUAAUAUAACAGAUAAGAAGGGUUUUUCUUUCUCAAUUUUUCUCAACAUUUUUAUUGAUUGAAUGCAAAAGUAGGAAAAAUAUGCGGGCCUUGUUAAAAAGAGAGUUUUAGAGUUUUAUUUUACAGUUUUAUUUUACAGUUUUAGAGUUAUAUUUUAAUAAUGUGUCUUUCUGGUGGUUUUGUUUGUAAGCCUAAACAAUCUGUAUGUUUAAAUAUAAUGAGAACUGUAAUGUGACUCUGUCCAUAAGGUAAUACUUGAAACAAGAACCUCUAUCCCACAGUUACUCCCACACCAUCUCCCUCUGCCUCCCCACAAAACAUCUAUUUGGAACAGAUCCUCUUCUCAGCCUCACUGACAAUGGCAGGAACUCCAGGUCACUUAGCCUUUCUGAGGUUGAGAGGAGAGCUAUUUUUUCCUCUUCCAUUGAGAAACAUGCACAGGAUGGGUAUGAGAUGAGUAGCAAUGAGUAAAAACUGAUGCAGGUACUAAGGGAGGUGACUAGCAAAGGUAUCCUCCUGGAUUUGUUGCUUGGUAACAAGAAGGUCUCAUGAGUGAAUUGGUGAUUGGUGGACAUUUUGGAUCAUGAAGCAGUUGAAUUUAAAAUAUCUAGUUACAGGAAAAAAAUAGCCAGCAAAAUUCUGAAUGUGAGAAGAGUAGACUUCAGGCUGCUCAGGGAAGUAGUUUGUAAGGCCCUUGAGAAAAUGGUUUUGAAGAUGCUGGGAUCUACCAUUGUGGUCAAAAUUUAGACACCACCUUCUCAGAGCAGGGGAGCAUUCCAAAUAAUUCCAUAAUUCCAAAAUGCUGGAAGUCAAACUGGUGAGGCAGAAGGCUGGCUUGGCUGACCAGGGAUUUUUCUCUGGAGCUAAAGCAGAUAAAAGAAAGAGUAUGACCAGUGAAAGCAAGGCUGGGUGACUUGGAAGGAUGUUGUGGUUUAACCCCAACUGGCAACUAAGCACACACAAUCACUCACUCACUUUUCCCCACCCUGGUGGGAUGGGGAAGAUGAAUCAGAAAAGAAAUCUAGCACUUUCUGGUUGAGAUAAGGACAGUUCAGUAGUUAAAAUGAAGUAAAAUAUAAUAUUGCAACAACAAAAAAUAGUAAGAAAAAAGGAAGAGACAGAGGGAGAGAAAGAAAACCCAUGAAUAACCAGUGAUGCACAAUUAAUAGCUCACCACCUGCUUACUGAUGCACAACCCAUCUCCAAAGCACAAUUAGAUCCCUUUCUGUGUUAUUCCACCAAUUUAUAUACUAGGCUUGAAAUUCUAUGGCACAAGAUAUCACUAUGGGCAGUUCAGGUCAGCUGUCACAGCUGUGCCCCCUCACUUGGGCAGUUCUCUCUGGCAGAGCUUGGAACUUGCUUGCCUGGUUGGUAUAGUUGUGUCCAAAUUACAAACUACUGAAGAGAUCUGAGGUUUCUGUAUAUCAGGGUGUUGUGAUGGUAUAGCUAGUGAUUUGGUGCGAGGGCAGUUAGGAGGAGGAACUAUGGAGUUUUGGCCAAUUUAAAAGUGGACUUCUACAGCUGCAUUAACAAAUCUAUGUGUCAUUCUCCCUUCAGAAGUGAGAUCACAGAGACAUUUUAUGAUAUCUCACCCUAAUGCAGGAGUUUAAGAGGGAUGCAAGGUGCAAUUAUUUUAAUUGCAACCCAAAUUUAGGAUUUUUCUGCAUUAACUCUGUAGGUGUUUGCAUUGAGAACACCUUGCAUUGAGGCAAGGUGACUGCUGCUCCAGGCUUACAUGUGCAGCAAGUUGGGCUUGAAUAACCAUGGACAUCAAACCAUCUGAUGUAGUAAAAUCACCCAUUGUGAUGACCAAAGAAUGUUCUGCAUCAAUUGCUACUUCCUUAAAGAAAUUGUAAAAGGCCAUGGCUAGAUUUGGUAUUUUGCAUGUUGACUCAGCCCAGAGAUCUCUGGGAGAGGGACACAUUGGACUUUGAAGGAUAACUCAAAGUUUUGUAAAGGUUGGCAACUAGAUCCAAAGAAAGAGGAACCUGAGAGCACAAAAGAAACAUAAUUUCUCAAGGCUGUAUUCUAUUGUUAGGAACAAACAUAAUUAAUUGACAAUUCCAGUCUGGCAAUAUUUUUUUAAUUUUUCUUUUAUUAGUAAUUUUACACACAACGAGUGAUUACUAAUGUAUAAUGAAAAAAUAUUUCAUUAUUUUGGAUAGGACAGUUCUUCUUUUCAAAAAGAAAAACAAAAGCUCUCCUUUUCUAGUGUCUCACGGAAAGGCACUUCAAAUUAGUGUGGAUAAUAAUAGGACUGGAGGACCAGAAAGGGAGAAGAGCUGAUGAUCCAAUUGCCCACUCUGUGAGCAGCUGGCCUGCAAGCCAAAAUUGAGAAAGAGAAGCAAAGAGUGUCAAAACCCAAAUCCUGCCACAAGCAGGAUCUGCCACAAUCCCUCUUAACUGGCACGAGGCAGGCCCAGGGGGAGAUGCCCUUCCUUCAGUAUGAUCCUACACUGAGGGAUGGGUGCUAGCAAAGGAUAGUGUCAGUGCCUCCACCUUGUCCAGCUCUCCAGUUUAGACUGUCCUUUCAUGAGACAACCUGAUGCAGACUCACAAAUGCUCUCUAAUAAUGUUUCCUUGGGAAAAAUAAAGCUCACAACUUUGGUCUCCAGGCUUAAUCAUGUUCUCAUUCCUACCCACACAUUUUUUUCUGAUUCUGCUACAGGGCAGAGGGCCCAGACAGGACUUUAAAGAAAAACUUGGCAUAAGAGUGCCUAAGCCUCAUUGGCAAUCUUCCUAACUCUUGGUCUGGAGGUAGGGUUGACAUUUCACUAAGUGUAAGUUUGAGAAGGAUGACCAAAGACAGUGACUGAAGGGAAGGGGAAAUUCUCCAGACCCAAAGACCACUUAAGUGAAAGAUAAACUAAUCAAAAUAGCACACAGAGAGAACUUUAAUACCUCAUUGCCUUGUGAACUUUUUAGGGUUUUUCCCUCUAAUUUCUGAGUCUUCCUCUAAGUAUCCUUAACUCUGAUCUUUUGUGAUUUGUUGUAUACUGAAUAUUGUUCAGGGGAAAAUUAGUCUAAAAAUUGUAUUAAUUUAUAAAUUCCUGA